AUGACCUCCCCAUCGGCUAACAACACGAAGGUGCAGCGAAAUCUCAAAGAACGUCAUAUGGCUAUGAUAGCCAUCGGGGGGACUAUCGGAACCGGAUUAUUCUUGGGUAUUGGGAACGCGCUAGAAAAGGGCGGUCCGCUUGGUCUUCUGCUUGGAUAUAUGGUCAUGGGAACAGUGAUGUAUGGUAUGCUAGUGGCGCUAGGGGAAAUGGCUACAAAGUUUCCGAUCAGUGGAUCACUCUCUCACUUCCCGAGUCGAUUUUUUGAUAGAGCUUUGGGGUUUAGCGUUGGAUGGAAUUAUUGGUACUCCUUUGUGCUUUGUUUACCUACAGAGAUCACAGCGGCCGCCAUAGUAGUUAGCUACUGGAAAAAUCCUCUCAGUGAAGUGGCGUGGAUCACCAUCUUUCUUUUCACAAGUGGGGCUAUCAACUUUUUUGGUGUUCGAUGGUACGGCGAGGUGCCUUUCCCCUUCGAUGUAGCUGCGGUGAAGGUAUUAGCUAUCAUAACUUUGAUCAUCAUGGGACUCGUAUUGGAUCUUGGCGGAGGACCAGGACACGAGGUGAUAGGGUUCAAACAUUGGAGGCAUACUGGAGUAUUUAAACAGCUGAAAGGUAUACCCGGAGUCUGGGGUAGAUUUCUAUCUUUCUGGUCUGUGUUUAUACAGGCUAGCUAUUCGUUCUUGGGGACUGAAAUGGUAGCAAUAGCUGCAGGCGAGGCGGCCAAUCCAAGAAAGUCGGUUCCUAAGGCAAUAUCAAGCGUGUUUUAUAGGAUCUUGUUAUUUUACAUUUUGGGAGCAUUGGUUGUGGGUAUGCUUGUCGCUUCAGACGACCCGCGUCUUCUGGGCGGAACAGGCGACGCGACAUCAUCACCCUUUGUGAUAGCUAUCAACAAUGCUGGCAUUAAAAUCUUACCUGACUUGGUAAAUUCUUUCAUCUUGGUGGCCUCUUACUCAGCAGCAAGCAGCCAAAUUUACGGCGCAAGCCGGGUCUUGUACGGGCUGGCCAGUGAUGGAAUGGCCCCUGCGAUCUUUAAAAAGUGCACCAAAGGUGGUUUACCACUUCCUGCUACCUUUAUCAGUGCCCUUCCGGGACUGUUAGCAUACAUGAGCUUGAAUGAAAAAGCUAGCACUCUAUUCAAUUGGCUCGUGACUCCAUCAGCAACUGCGGGUCUGAUGACUUGGUGGACUAUUUGUCUUUCCUACCUUCGAUUUUACAAAGGCUUAAAAGUUCAAGGAUAUGAUCGGGAUAGCCUGCCGUAUAAAGCACCUUUUCAACCUUACCUCACAUAUUAUACGUUGACAGUACUUACAUUAGUGAUCAUGUUGAAUGGAUUCGAAGUCUUCAUACCCGGAAAUUGGUCAACUGGUGAAUUUGUUGUAGCAUAUAUCACUCUACCAAUGUUUUUGAUAGGUUACAUUGUAUGGAAACUCAUCAAAAAGACGGAGCUUGUAAGAGCUGAGUGUAUGGAUCUUGUCUCUGGUCAGAAGGAUUUUUUGGACGCAGACGAAGUAGAAGUACUUGAAAAGCCUGAGGUUACAAAGCCCUGGGGUAAACUAAUGGACGUGGUAAGCCUUUGUAGUUGCUUGAAAACGAUCCGAGAUUUUGAGAAACAUGGCUGA